AGUCUCUGGCGCGCCGCCUCUGUUGUUCGAUUGCGGCUUCGACGACCACGCCGGAUGAGCACGGAAUGCGGCCGCCCUGCUGGGCAGGAUGAUCUGCGGCAAAGACAGCGGCCAUGGCAACGUCAUGCAGAGGUGGGGUCAGCCGUCGCUCAGGGGUCGGCGCAGCACUUUCUCAGCAGCGUGCUGACCGCUCUGCCGCUGAACAUCGACAUGAUCUGCCGCGCGGCUAUCGAGACGCUCAAGUGCGGCAAGGAAAUCGGCAACACGCGGGACUUCGACGAGCACGUGCUGGCCAGCCACCGAGAGCUCCUGGGUCAGAUCGAAGCGGCAGCAGCAUGCAGGUAAGCUGGAUAAGUAGGGCAAAGCUGGCAGACAGAGAGGCGGUUGGAUGACGAUUCCUGCUUUCCUUGGCUCGUCUGUGUGUGUGCUUGUUGGCUCAGCGAUACGUCUAACAGAACGAUGAGGCGCAUGCUGGAGAUAUGAGCUGAAGACAAUAAGGGUCGUGUCUAUGAGGGGGUCAUCUCGUGAUGACUUUGUAUGUCGACGGGCUGGUGUGUAUUUGUUGUUUGUAACGACUCAGUCGACUGUAUGUGAGUGCCACAAUACCGUCAACAUUGUAG